GGAGCCGCCACCACCAUGUGGGCCGCGUCGUGCCUGGCGUCCUGCUGCGCGGCCUGCGCCUGCGAGGCCUGCCGCACCGCCGUCGGCAGCAUCGGCCGCCGCUCCGCCCGGAUCGCCUACUGCGGCCUCUUCGCGCUCUCCCUCCUCGCCUCCUGGGUCCUCCGCGAGGUCGCCGCGCCCCUCCUACAGUCCAUCCCAUGGAUUAACCACUUCAGCAAGACGCCGGACCGCGAGUGGUUCGAGACGGACGCCGUGCUCAGGGUCAGCCUCGGCAACUUCCUCUUCUUCACCAUCCUCGCCCUCAUCAUGGCGGGAAUCAAGGACCAGAAGGACCCGCGCGACAAGCUCCACCACGGAGGGUGGAUGGCCAAGGUCUUCUGCUGGGUCGUCAUCGUCUUCCUCAUGUUCUUCGUGCCCAACGGGGUAGUCAGCUUCUACGAAUCGAUAUCGAAGUUCGGAUCUGGACUGUUCCUUCUUGUUCAGGUUGUUCUUUUGUUGGACUUCGUGCAUGGAUGGAACGAAAACUGGGUCGCUAAGGAUGAACAGUUCUGGUACAUGGCUCUGUUGGUUGUUUCGGUUGUUUGCUAUAUUGCCUCGUUCUCUUUCUCUGGCCUACUCUUUCACUGGUUCACUCCAUCAGGACAGGACUGCGGACUCAAUAUGUUCUUCAUUGUCUCCACAUUGAUUCUUGUGUUUUUGUUCGCCAUUGUUGCACUCCACCCAAAGAUCAAUGGAAGCUUGUUGCCUGCAUCAGUAAUCGGCCUCUACUGCACCUACCUGUGCUACAGUGGACUCUCCAGUGAGCCAAGGGACUAUGAGUGCAACGGGCUUCACAACCACUCCAAGGCUAUGUCAACCAGUAGCCUUACGUUGGGACUGUGUACCACCAUCCUAUCUGUGGUCUAUUCCGCUGUUCGCGCUGGCUCUUCUGCAACUGUGCUCUCAGCACCAGAUUCACCACGUGCCGGUGCCGACAAGCCAUUGCUCCCCUUCAGCAAGGCAGAUGAAGAGGAUACCAAGGAGGUGGCAAAGCCAGUGACAUACUCCUACUCAUUCUUCCACCUCAUUUUCUCCCUGGCAAGCAUGUACUCGGCGAUGCUCUUGACUGGCUGGUCUACCUCAGUUGGCGAGAGCGGGAAGCUUGUUGAUGUUGGGUGGCCCUCUGUCUAUGUCAGGAUGGCAACCCAGUGGGCAACGGCCGGUCUGUUCGUCUGGUCUCUCGUUGCCCCCCUGCUGUUCCCUGACAGGGAAUUCUAGGCUGACAUCUUCACUUGCUGAGGGUGCAUCAUCUGUUUGGAGCACCUACUUAUCAAACGUGUCGGCUGUCAUAGCUAAGUUGACCAUAUGUAUCCGUAUUAUUGUGUGAGCAAACCCAUGGUGAGAUGGCUGUGUCGGUGUUUGUGUAAGGUUGUUGAGUCUGGUCUGCAUAAAAUGUGUGACAUCAGGCAUUGUGCCAGUAUUUGAACUGUGAAGAAACGGUCUUUGAUUGUAUAUAUAUUGAAGUCUUCUGUUCGGUUGA